GAAACCUGCAGUUGGAUCUAUGUCAUUAAGCCAGCGUGAAUUUGCGAGAACCAUAUUGUUUAUUAUCCAACGCUGCUACUGGACGCAUUAAACACAUGCCAACAUGUUGACAGAACAAAAUGUGAUCAUGGAGCUUACUGGCUCUAGUGAUACAGUGGUUGGUUUCAUCACUACCGAUGAUAGUCAUGCGCUACUGGCAGUAGAUGAUUUCUUUUCAGAACGUGAGGACGGUACACUGGAAUUUAUGACAACACCAAUCACAUUAAUGCCACAGAAUAAUAUGCUAUCUCCAACAUUGAUAAAGACUAUGGACGGAAAUUUUAUUUUACAUUCACCUAUUUUCCAAAUGAAUGUAGAGGAUUUGUCAGGAACUGCGAUACAACAAACAAGUCUACUGCCACUGAUGCAACAUUUAGAAAAUAGAUCUGAAAUCACGGAACAAUUAAAAAUACAAGAUACGAAUAAAUGUGCAAUUACGGAUCCUCUAUUACCUAAAGAUAAUAGCAGUAUGUUAUCAGACAAAAGACAGUUAACAGUUGACAAUGAUGCUAAAAGUAGAUCUACACCUGUAUAUAAUACCAUACAAAAUGUCUAUAAGAGAUCUCCAGGGAGACCAAAGAAGAAAGAAGUAAAUUUGCAAAAUACGCAGUCUCUGCAAUGUGAUAUAUGCAGUCAAGAAUUUACUAAACAAACAUUAUACCGUAAACAUAUGGAAAAUCAUGCCGAAGAAAAACCGCAUAGAUGUCCCAAAUGUCCAGCAUCGUUUAAUAUUCCAACAAAUUUUACGCUUCAUAUGGCAACGCAUAAUACUGGCGACCCAAAGUGCCCCGAAUGCGGUAGGAAAUAUGCCAGAAUGGCGAGUCUCAAGUCUCACAUGUUGCUGCAUGAAAAGGAGGAGAAUCUCUUUUGCACAGAGUGUGAGGACGCCUUUUCGACGAAGUAUCUGACAAUGAGGAAUUCGAGAUGCGAGCGACCAGCUAGUCGUUGAUGAACCGAAAUCUCAUAAUUGCGGAGGAAGUGCUGCUGCUGUUGGAAAGGGAAAACGAAUCUGAAAAGAGGGAAACGCAAACGCACGACAAAGAAGAAGAGACGUGGGAGGUCGUACAGCUUAAGCGGAAGAAGAAGAAGAGUACGAUGACCUGUGGAUAGAAAAGAGGGUAAGAAGAAAAAGAACGACGAGGACAUCUUUGAGAAGAUCAAGCGGAGAGGAGGCUGCUACGAUUGGACCACUAAUAGUAUGCGUACCGAAAAAAGUGCAAUACCCUCCUUCGGAGACGCGAUAUUGGCAGCGAUGUAUAGGAAUUAAGAGAGCAGGGCAAUCUCUAUGAUCUUGAAAUCGUCUUGAAAUUGUCGCUGCCAGUUUUGGACGCUGCGACGACGAGAAAAGGAAGAAAGAACAUUGUUUUUUCUUUUAUGUGUGUUGUUAGAUGAAAUUUACUGCGUGUAAUAAAGAUAGAGAGGAAAGAUACGGAGGAGAGUGAGAGAAAAAGGAAAUAUACGAAAGAGAGUUAUUAUAUGAUGUUUUGAUAUGACAUUCUCUGAGAGAAAAUAAGCGAGAAGAGUAUAUAGUAGGAGGGAAAAAGAAAGAGAUAGUGCGGGAAUCGAGUCUUUGCCCGGCCACGAACUGCGAUCACCACGUGGACGCAAUGCAAUAUAAUUCCACUAU